GUCGCGUUCCGCGAAGAUGAUUACGCAGGGCGACGUACGCUUCCGGUUUGCGCUCUGCAGGGGGCGGUGCUUCCCGGCUUCCGUAGUCUUGAUGUGGCCUCUGCUCUUCCACGUCACCGAGAGACCGAGCUGCUGAUCGCCGGGUCCGGAGCAGGGCCAGAACCUGCUGGAAAGUUUUUUCCCAUAUACCUGAUCAGCGUCACCGCGCCGGAGCCAUGACGGCCGCAGAGAACGUGUGCUACACCCUGAUCAACGUCCCCAUGGACUCGGAGCCGCCGUCGGAGAUCACGCUGAAGGCGGACCUGGAGAAGGGAGAUGUGAAAUCCAAGACGGAGGCUCUGAAGAAAGUGAUCAUCAUGAUCCUGAACGGGGAGAAGCUUCCGGGCCUCCUGAUGACCAUCAUCCGCUUCGUGCUGCCGCUGCAGGAUCACACCAUCAAGAAACUGCUGCUCGUCUUCUGGGAGAUCGUCCCCAAGACAACACCGGACGGGAAGCUGCUGCAGGAGAUGAUCCUGGUGUGCGACGCCUACAGGAAGGAUCUCCAGCACCCCAACGAGUUCAUCCGGGGGUCCACCCUGCGCUUCCUGUGUAAGCUGAAGGAGGCGGAGCUCCUGGAGCCCCUGAUGCCCGCCAUACGAGCCUGCCUGGAGCACCGCCACAGCUACGUGCGUAGGAACGCCGUGCUCGCCAUAUACACCAUCUACAGAAACUUUGAGCAUCUCAUCCCGGACGCCCCGGAGCUGAUCCACGACUUCCUGGUGAACGAGAAGGACGCCAGCUGUAAGAGGAACGCCUUCAUGAUGCUGAUCCACGCCGACCAGGACCGCGCUCUGGAUUAUCUCAGCACCUGCAUCGAUCAGGUUCACACCUUCGGGGACAUCCUGCAGCUGGUGAUCGUGGAGCUCAUAUACAAGGUGUGUCACGCCAACCCCUCCGAGAGAGCGCGCUUCAUCCGCUGCAUCUUCAACCUGCUGCAGUCAUCCAGCCCGGCCGUGAAGUAUGAGGCAGCCGGGACCCUCGUCACCCUGUCCAGUGCGCCCACCGCCAUCAAGGCGGCGGCUCAGUGCUACAUCGAUCUGAUCAUUAAGGAGAGCGACAACAACGUGAAGCUGAUCGUUCUGGAUCGCCUGGUCGAACUCAAAGACCACCCGUCCCAUGAGCGCGUCCUGCAGGACCUGGUCAUGGACGUUCUGAGGGUCCUCGGGACCCCUGACCUCGAGGUGCGCAAGAAAACACUGCAGCUGGCCCUGGACUUGGUGUCUUCAAGAAACGUGGAGGAGCUGGUGAUUGUACUGAAGAAGGAAGUGAUAAAGACCAACAACGUGACGGAACACGAGGACACCGACAAGUACCGGCAGCUCCUGGUCCGCACCCUGCACUCCUGCAGCGUCCGCUUCCCAGACAUGGCCGCCAACGUCAUCCCCGUGCUCAUGGAGUUCCUGAGUGACAGCAAUGAGGCCGCCGCCGCCGAUGUCAUGGAGUUCGUGCGAGAAGCGGUUCAGAGGUUCGACAACCUGAGGACGCUGAUUGUGGAAAAGAUGCUGGAAGUUUUCCACGCUAUAAAAUCUGUGAAGAUUUACCGCGGAGCGCUGUGGAUUCUGGGCGAAUAUUGCAGCACGAAAGACGACAUCCAGAGCGUGAUGACGGAAGUGAGACGGUCCCUGGGGGAGGUCCCCAUCGUAGAGACUGAGAUAAAGAAGGAAUCCGGGGAAACUAAGGCGGAGGAGGAGGUGACGGUCGGCCCCACCCAGAAACUGGUGACCGAGAUGGGCACGUACGCCACCCAGAGCGCGCUCAGCAGCUCCCGGACCACCAAGAAGGAGGAGGAGAGGCCGCCUCUCCGGGGAUUUCUGCUGGACGGAGAUUUCUACGUCGCCGCUUCUCUCGCCACCACCCUGACAAAGAUCGCGCUGCGCUACGUGGCUUUGGUUCAGGAUAAGAAGAAACAAAAUUCCUUCGUGGCGGAGUCCAUGCUCCUCAUGGCGACCAUUCUGCACCUGGGUAAGUCCUCUCUACCCAAGAAGCCGAUCACGGACGACGACGUGGACCGGAUCUCGCUCUGUCUGAAGGUUCUGUCGGAAUGCUCGCCGCUGAUGAACGAGAUCUUCAACAAGGAGUGCCGCCUGUCCCUGUCCCACAUGCUGUCCGCCAAGCUGGAGGAGGAGAAGCUGUCCCAGAAGAAGGAAUCCGAGAAACGGAACGUGACGGUUCAGGCCGACGACCACAUCUCCUUCAUGCAGCUGACCGCCAAGAGCGAGAUGGCGUCCAAGGAGGAUCAGUUCCAGCUGAGUCUGCUCGCCGCUAUGGGGACCACACAGAGGAAGGAGGCGGCCGAUCCGCUGGCAUCUAAACUGAACAAGGUGACGCAGCUGACGGGUUUCUCGGAUCCGGUGUAUGCGGAGGCUUACGUCCAUGUGAAUCAGUAUGACAUCGUUCUGGAUGUGUUAGUCGUCAAUCAGACCAGUGACACCCUGCAGAACUGCACCCUGGAGCUCGCCACACUAGGGGAUCUGAAGCUUGUAGAGAAGCCGUCGCCCCUCACCCUCGCUCCGCACGACUUCGCCAACAUCAAAGCAAACGUGAAAGUCGCCUCCACAGAGAACGGGAUUAUAUUCGGAAACAUUGUGUAUGACGUGUCCGGUGCAGCGAGUGACAGGAACUGCGUGGUCCUCAGCGACAUCCACAUCGACAUCAUGGAUUAUAUCCAGCCCGCCGGCUGCACCGACACGGAGUUCAGGCAGAUGUGGGCGGAGUUUGAGUGGGAGAACAAGGUGACCGUCAACACCAACAUCAUCGACCUGAACGAGUAUCUGCAGCACAUCCUGAAGUCAACGAACAUGAAGUGUCUGACCCCGGAGAAGGCGCUCUCCGGUUACUGCGGUUUCAUGGCGGCCAAUCUCUACGCUCGCUCCAUAUUCGGUGAGGACGCUCUCGCCAACGUCAGCAUUGAGAAGCCGAUCCACCUGGGCCCCGACGCUCCGGUCACUGGACACAUACGGAUCAGGGCCAAGAGCCAGGGAAUGGCGCUCAGCCUUGGGGACAAGAUCAACCUGUCUCAGAAGAAGUCGACUGUAUAGAGAAGCCCCUCCCCCUGUCUCUGGCCCCUCCCUCCUGCGUGUGUCACGUAGAGCCUAGGAUCUGCAGGAUCGCUGACCUCUGACCCCGGGAUCCUGCCAAUCGGUGACAUUUAUAGAACAUUUCUUAUUUCUUCUGUCCUGUCACCUGACAUGAAGCCGUAAAGUGAUUGGUCGUCAAUAAACGCCUCUUUUGAUUA